AGAGACCACGGCUUUGAAUUGAUUUGCUAACCAGUGUCAGCAUUUCCUCCUUACUGUUGCACAUUUUCAGUUGUUUUCAAGAGCCAUGUCUUGCAGAAGAGGAGCUUUGAUUGUUCUGGAAGGAGUUGACAGAGCCGGGAAAACCACGCAAUGCCAAACACUUGUGCAGGCGUUACAGCAGAGCGGACGAGCGGCAGAAAUAAUGCGAUUUCCAGACAGAACCACUAAGAUUGGUCAGCUCAUCAGUUCAUACCUAGAGAAGAAGAGUAAUCUGGAGGAUCACACUGUUCACCUGCUGUUUUCUGCAAACCGAUGGGAGAUGGUGCCUCUGAUGAAACAGAAGUUGGAACAAGGGAUUAAUCUAGUGGUGGACCGCUAUGCGUUUUCAGGAGUGGCUUUUACUAGUGCCAAGCCUGGCUUCUCUCUGGAGUGGUGCAUGAAUCCAGAUGUGGGCCUUCCAAAACCAGACCUGGUGAUGUUUCUGCAACUCAAUCCUAAUAUGGCGGCAAACCGUGGAGAAUAUGGAAUUGAACGUUAUGAGACGAGCGCUUUCCAACGCACAGUUUCACAAAGGUUCGAAGAGCUCAUGCAAGAUUCCUCAAUCAACUGGAAGGUGAUUGAUGCUGCAAGGACCAUAGAAGAGGUGCACAAAGAUAUUAAGCUUCUGAGUGAAGACAUCAUCAGUUUAGCUGAGAAUCAGCCAAUUGGAGAGCUGUGGAAGUGAACAGAUCUCCACCUGCUCUGAAACCUUAAACUUUUCUUUUGUUUU